UGACAGGUGACAUGGGGGAUAAGGAGUUGAUGUGGGCCCUGAAGAAUGGAGAUCUGGAUGAGGUGAAGGCUCUGCUGGUGAAGGCUGAGGAUGUGAACAGGACUCUGGAAGGAGGCCGCAAGCCGCUUCAUUACGCUGCAGACAGCGGGCAGGCCGAGAUGCUGGAGUUUCUGCUGUCUAAAGGAGCCGAUGUGAACGCUCCAGAUAAACACAGCAUCACCCCGCUGCUGUCUGCCACUUACGAGGGUCACGUGACCUGCGUGAAGAUUCUUCUAGAAAAGGGUGCUGAUAAGGAUCGGAAAGGUCCAGAUGGUCUCAGCGCGUUCGAGGCGGCCGAGAGCGAGGCCAUCAGAGAUCUACUGAAGUGAGUCGGACGCUGCCGGCUGGAGAGGUUCUGACCACAACCACUGGAUCCAGCAAACACACACACCUCUCUGUCUCUGCCCGCUGGCUGCUGCAGCUCCUCUAGGUUUCCUUUUGUUUUGUUUUCCUCCAUGACCUUUUUAUUUUAUUUGGGGGAGGU